UCUGCCUUGACAAAUCAUUUAUUUUGAAGCACAACCAUAGGUACUACACACAAGUGCAAUUCCAAAUGUAUAUUUUAGAAGUGCAGUACAGUGAUUUUGUAAUUGCCACUGACGUUAACAAAAAAAUCAUCAGAGUUUCAUAUAAUCACCAGUUCUGCAACAAUCUGGCUUCAUUGUCAAAAAGGUUCUUUUUCGACAAUGUGCUCCCUGAAAUUAUCACCAAAAAACUUUAUUCAGAGCGAGCACAAUCUACAACAAGUGAUGAAGAUUUAUGGUGUGUCUGUGGCAAGAAAACCUCUGGAAAGAUGAUUAUCUGCGCAGGAAACUCAUGUAGGAUUAACAAAUUUCACUACAAAUGUGUUGACCUACAAAGGAAGCCAAGGAAAGAAUGGUUUUGCUUGAAUUGCUCCACCAAGUGAAGUACGCUGGCCUGUUGUCAAUGGAAAACUGUUUGAUGACAAAUGUGAUGAUAAGAAUUCUAAAAAUUUACCGAUUAACUAAUUUUUGAAAAGUUCAGUUAUUUUUUUCAUAAGUAAGUAAGUUCUUUUGCAUAAAUCAAAUUAUGAAUUUGAUAGUUUGUUGGUUCAGCAAGACUAAAGCAUUAUUUUCAUCCUAUUCCUUCAAGGAAUUAUGUUUCAUUUCUAGGGUUUUUGUUUCUGAUUUUAUUAUUUCUGAUUAUGCUUCUCUUUUCAAUGAAAUGCUGUUUCCUUGUGAUAUAUUAUUUUUUCAGAAUUAACAAAGGCCUGCUUUUAAAAGAGAAUCAUCCUAUAUUUUCAGUAGUUCAUUCUCUGUUAUUCUCCUAUAAAAAAUUCUGGAAUUUGGAGCAUGAUUUGCAGCUAUUAAUUUAAUUCAAGCAACCUAGUUAAAACAUUCAAAGAUCAGGCUACCUAGUUAAGUAACAAUACUUUCAGUCAGGCAAUCUUCUAACAUAUCUUGUAUAAAAGAGGGAAUAUGUCUCGAAAAAUGUGUUGAUCAGCAGCUUAGAAAAAUGUGUGCCUUUUGGGCUUCAAUUUUGCCCCUACUACUAUCCCUGAUUCAGCACAUUCAUUUAACUAUCUGAUAAUACAUAGAAUUGUAAUCUUACAUGUCAUUAAAAAUGUGGAUUCGGUGCAUUCGGUGUCAAAACUGCCAGGAGGUGAAUAUGUUCCGGGUGACUUUUCCCUGAGAAAAUUGUGAAGAACACAGCAUGCAAAAAUGAUCUUCUCUACGUUUUUGGAUGAAAGCAAAAUCAGGGAUAGUAAUACACGAAAAUGAUUCGCCAGUAUACUGAACGCGUUUUCCACUACUGGCCUCGCCCUGAACAAACGGUAGUUGAAAAUUGGCUUUUCCUUUGAAAGACCUUGGAAGGGUUAUGGUUUUAGCAUGUUGACUUUCAGAGGGAAAGCAUCAUCAGCAACCAUUGCAUAUGGCAGCAAUGUUUCACAAUCCUCCAUUGAAUGAGGGCAAGGCAAAGUGAGAUAAUUCUCCUGCAACCCAGUAACAAGGGAAGAGUUGCGGAAUACUCCACCAUCACUUAUCCUUCCAUUAGAACCAACAUCCACGUAAAUAAAUUUGUAGUUGGCAUCAACUAGUGCUAAUAGUAUGAUACUGAACGUGUUUUUGUAAUUAAAGUAGUAGGACCCAGAAUUUCGUGGCUGCUUUAUCUGCACAUGUCUGCCAUCCAGAGACCCUAUGCAGUUUGGAAAAUUCCACAAAUUUUCGUCUUCCUGUGCUAUUUUUUCCCAUUCCUCUUCAGUUGAUGGUGUCUAAAAUUAAAUUUUAGGAUGUAAGCGAUUUAGAGGAGCCAACAAAAGGUGAUUUUAACCUUUUCAUGCCUGGAAGGGCCAUAUGGCCCAUGAAGAUUCUUUCCUUUCUAAAAUUUUAAAACCGAAAGCUUUCCCUGGAUGCCCGGAAGGGCCAUAUAGCUCUUGUUAUUGACAUAAUUAAUGCUAGGUUUUGUGAGUAUAGCAUGGAGUACCUCUCAUUGGCAACUCGUGUUUAAGGUGGUGGUUGAGAGGUGCUUUGCUUGUGAAAUUCAGUCCUCCAUUCCAGCAUGGAAAAUAUUUGAUUCAAUUGUCAAAUGGAAACAUUUAUCGAAGAUCAUGAAGUGGAGGGUGUGGUGGAAAAAUGGGUGAUUGUCACUCCUGGUUUUGAAUCAGAGGAUGAGAAUGCGUCAAGUGAAGAUGAAUGUGAAUCAGAUGAUAAAGUUCCUUUGGCAGACCUUAUUCCACUGGCAGGUCUAGCAAGUAAUAAUGUGUCUCCAGAAGAGCCUGAAGUUGAAAAAGAAAGGACGUACCGUUGGAGAAAAGGAAGACCACCAGCUGGUAAUAAUUUUGCAUUCAAAGGAGAUGACAAUCUGGGAAGUUACGAAGAUUUGAAGGAGCCAAUUGACUUCUUUGGCAGUUUUUUAAUGUUGAAAUGAUCAGAUCGAUCUCCAAACAGACCAACUUGUACUCAACACAGUGUAAUAUCAACAAGGGUUCAAUUGGAACCUCUCCAGAUGAAAUUGAGAAUUACCUUGGGGUGCUUUUACGCAUGUGCAUUGUGCAGAUGCCAAGGUAUCGUAUGUACUGGGAGACCGAAACACGCUACGAACAAGUGGCAGGUAUAAUGAGCAGAAAUCGUUUUGAGCUCAUCAAGAAAUUCCUGCAUUUUGCUGACAAUAGCAAUGCACCAGAUCCUAGAGACCCAAACAGAGACAAACUUCAUAAAAUCAGAGAACUUUUUGAGCAAUUGCGACAGAAUUGCCUCAAAGUAAAGCCAGAGGAAAAAAAUUCCAUUGAUGAGCAGAUUGUACCAUUCAAGGGAAAGAGCAGCCUUAGGCGGUACUUGCCAAAAAAGCCAAAGAAAUGGGGUUUCAAGAUAUUCUCUCGAAACUCCGUGAGUGGGUUUUGCCAUGACUUUGAACUUGAUGGUGCCCCAGAUCCUGCAAGACCGCCUUGUGAGAGCAUUGGUUCAAGUUCAGGUGAUAUAAUUCUAAGAAUGUGUGCAAGUUUGCCAAAGCAUCAAAAUUACAAGGUGUUCUUUGAUUACUAUUUCACCACCUUGUUUUACUGGCAAGGUGAAAGGAAUGGGGCAUGUUUGCUGUUUGCUGUAGGCACCCUGCGGCAAAAUCGCAUCAAGGGAUGCACCUUGAAAACAGAAAAUGAAUUGAAGAAGGAAGGCAGAGGAUCUUUUGAUGGUGCAGUUGACCUCAAUUCUGGACUGACCGUGGUGAGGUGGUAUGAUAACAAAAUGGUGCAGCUUGGCUCCAAUUAUGCUUUCACAGCACCAGUUGAAACUGUCAGAAGAUGGAGUACAAAGGAAAGGAAAUAUGUUGAUAUUGAAAGGCCUGCAAUUGUGCAAAUUUAUAAUGGAGGAAUGGGUGGAGUCGAUUUGUUUGACAUGUUUCAAGCACUGUAUCGACUUCACCACAGGAGCAAAAAGGGCUACAUGCGGAUCCUGGGAACAAGUCGAUAAAUGCUUGGUGCCUCUACCGACGACUCACUGGACAGGGUGGCAUACCCCAAGCAGAGCAGAAAGAUCUGCUGCACUUCACAGCACAGGUGGCCUCCUCGUUGGUAAGGAAUUCUUUGCCAAAAAGAGGAAGAGGCAGACCAAGCCUUGAGCCAACAGAGGAUGAUAUUGCAAAAAGGCCAAGAAGACCCCCCACAAGAAUCCCCCAAGAUGAUGUUCGUCAUGAUUGACUCCAACACUGGCCGGAACAUAGACCAGACAGACCAAGGUGCUCAAAAUGUGGAGAUAAAACAAGGGUUGGGUGCACCAAAUGUAGGGUUGGACUUUGUAUCACAGCUUCAAGAAAUUGUUACAAAGACUUCCACACAAAUUAAAAAACAAUAACUUAAAGCAUGCUAGCAAAUUUUUAACAAUUAGAGUGUAUGAUUAUUCAUUUAUUUUAUGUAAAGUUUAUUUAUUUAUUCAUUUAUUAAUUUAUACAGGGUAACACUUUUGAGCUAUUUGUCACUAUUCUUGCAGCUUUAUUAUCCAAUUGUAAUUAAUUUAACUUAGUAGUUCAACAGGAGCCCAAAACAGAGCAGCAAUAAUUGAAGUUGGGCUCUACUAUACCCUUAUAUAUGUUGAGUUAACUUUUUACAGUAAUGCUCAUGUAGUUCAAUUGCUUGACUCUUUUGUGAAAUCACAUUAUAUUUGGUUUCUAUUGCUUCUGGAAUUCGGUAAAUUUCUAAGUUUUGAUGCAAACUAGUUUGCCACACCCAGCCCCACCCAUACAUCCAACUCCCCCAGGAAUGCAGUAGACUGGACUUGACAUUAGUUUCUUUUAUGCAGCUAUUUUAUGUGACAAAAAUGAUUUGUAGGUAGUGAUUACAGAUAUAAAGCUAGGAAGGAAGAAACUGCCAAAUUUACCUUGAAUUCCCAGAAGGGCCGUAUGGCCCAGCCCCCUAUUUAACCCCAAAUAAUGUGGAAUAUGAAAAAUUACAAAAGAGAUCAAUAUCUAAACUAUUUUUAAGCUAGAAUCAGUUUGCUAAGAUUUUUUUGCAUCAUUGGAACAUAAUUAAUGAUGGGGAUACAGCUUCAGUGGCAAGAAUAAAGAUGACCCAGAAGAUAUUUUUGGCAAACAUGUGGCCGUAGUCUUACGAGCUGUCUCUGACCUAAAAAACAGCUAACUUGCAGAAUUAAAAAUUCAAUAAAUUUCAUUUCAAGCCCAAUUUGGGAUGUCAGGCAUACCAAUACAACAAAACGAAACAAAUUUACAAUUUCAGUCCACCCCCAUGUCAUCAUUUGUUCCUAGGCCCUCUUUGCCUCAAACCUCACAUUCAUUUGAAGAUACAACCUCUACAGAAGCUGAUUAUUGUACCCUUUGAACUUUUUUGUACAAUUUUAAACAUAGAAAAUAAUACGCACUUUUAAAUAUGUGUCUUUCAGUUGUUUGUAAACUGCCUUACAUACUUCUGGGAUGAUCCUUGAUAAUGUGCUCUUAUGGAUUCUGAAUUGAUACUGAAGAUCAGCAUAACUAGCGCCAGUCGACAAAAAACGAAUUGUUGCAGCUAACUGAAUUUUUGGAGGUAUAGAUUCCCUCAUUAUCUUCUUUGGCAAUAUCAUUUUGUAUCAAGGCCAACAGUUCAUCGAAAUAUUUCUGGUUUCAUCCUCAACCUGUUGGCGAAAUUCCCUCAACAAUGUAUCAUACAUUCCUAGUUGCGAACGUUUUUGUAGCCAUGGUUUUACCCAUGUGGACCUCUGUUUCUCCUCCUUUUUCGUUUUGAAAUUGUGGCAAUAAUAAUUGCAGAGGCAGCAUGUUCUAUGUCGCUAUCCAUUGCAAAACUGAAAAACUGAGGAAUUUUGACUAAUCGUGUAAACACGCGAGCCUUCAGUUAAGUUGAUGAGAAAACGGAUAUAAAAAUUUUUUGGGAAAAACUGACAGAAAAAAACUGAUCGUUUAUUUCAGCAUUAAGUGAACUGAAAGGUUUUCUAGAUGACACUGCUUCCCAACAAAAGUUAGGUGCUUCAUGUUUCACCACUAAUUAACAUCUAUCCCAUUUUGGCCUCAUGCAUGAAAAGUGCUUUUCUGUAAGCUUGGAACUGGGGCAAAUUCAACCUCAAAUCAAGGAGAAAAACGGAAAGAGCAUUGCUAUGAACGUUGCUAGAGGAAUCUCGUACAUUCUGCCUUAAGCAAAAUGUAAAAAAGCAUACUUGCCAAAUUCUGUUAACACUGUAACUUCCCCAUGCCAAAGGUAAUGUUUCAAGGUAUUUUCAGGAAUAUUUUCAAAAUUUGAAUAAAAAAAGAAUUUUGGACAUUUUGAGAGGGGUUUAGCUACCUAUGGUUCAACAAAAACAUUCUUACUUCAAAAGCUUGCAUCACUUGCAACAAUACUUUCAGUGCAAAUAAGGCUCAACUCCCAUCCAUCAAAUUCCUUUAGAUUUUUGCCUCUGUCUCUAAUAAUGGCAGGUAACUUUAAGAUGCACACUAAAGUUAUGAAAUAAGCAACUCUCUGAAAACUUCUGUUUGCAUGAAAUAACCAAUAGGUCUGCAGAGAUUCAUAACACAAACUACAUAACAACUGUCUCGAUCAGUUACAGUUGUUUUAGCUGGAUGAAGACAUGCAUUUCUGGGAACAGUUUAUAACUUGCUAAGAAUCUCCACCAGGAUACAAUGCAUAAAAAACUUUUUGGAUUCCUCUAAGCACUUUUAAAAAAAUUCAGCAUCUAACCUUAAUUUUUCAUUAUGAAAGUCCUUUUCUGUCAAGAAAACAAAGUGACAUUAGCCUAGCUUGAUGCAAAACAGUUUUCACUGAAUUUGAUAAAAGUAUGGAUGUGGCUUUUUAAGACUUAUUUUGUUAUCUUGAUACAAAAAGCAAAAAUCGUUCUUUUUUACCCCUCCAAAUAUUUGCGUUUAUCUCUGAUACAGUCUGGACAUUUUAUCUCUACCAACCUUCUCUGCAAAAUUGACAUUCAACCAGUGAAUCAGGUGUUACUGCAAGAAAUUGCUCAUCAAUAGAAAUAAAUAGAAAAGGCAAAAACUCCAUCAUUGAUUGGUAUUGGUGCAAUAGAAGUGGCACAUAAAGGCCGCGAGGUACAGGCAAACGGGCAAUGAAGCGGCCAGGUAGUUCAAAGAUUGGCCGACAUUGUACUGUCUUCAUGAAAGUUAUUUCGUCAAGAGAUCAUGGGAACGUUGUGGUGGAAGCCUGUCUUGGACACACAGGCCAUGAAAAGAAACCCAGACAUUCGAGGAUUCAGGACCAAGACAAGAAAUUGCUGGAAAACUUGCAAAAGGUGUGAAAGUUGAGUCGAUAUUGGGCGAGAUUUGUAACAAGGCAGGAGGUUGGAUAUUUAGGGAUCUUAUGGAUAACAAAGACAAAACAAACAUAAUCUACAUCAUAAUCACAAACAACAUCAACUAAAUGUAGACUUGAUGGAAAAAGACACAAAAAGUGUUGACUUUUAGGUCAAUGAGCUACAAAGUGGUACAUUAAAUCCCAAAUUUGUGUACAAACCUCAAGGAGUGAAUGAGUACUCGCUACCAGCAGAAGACUUUUUGCUUUGCAUUCAGACGAAAUUUCAGUUGGAUAUGCCCGAAAAAAUACGGGAGAAAAUAAUUUUUAUGGACUCUACCCAUAAAGCGAACCAAUAUGACUUUCAGUUCAUCUUGGUGUAUUCAUAGACGAAACCCAAGACGGAGUGCCUGUAGCAUGGUUAAUUUCAAAAAGGGAAGAUCAGCUGGUUCUUUCCUGGUUUCUUGCAGCCAUGGUGGCGAAGUGUGGGAACAUGGAGACGCAAGUCUUCAUGUUAGAUGAUGCCAACAACUUCUACAAUGCUUGGGUUCUGAGUUUUCCAAAACCAAAUUAGAAAUUGAUAUGCGCUUGGCAUGUUGAUAAAAAUUAGGAAAAAAGACUGAAAUCACACAUUUCAACUACAGACAACAUGGCAGUGGUUUAUGCAGCUCUGAAAAAGAUGCAAUUGGAGGAAGAUCAAGCGAAAUUCAGCAAAAAGCUCCAGGAAUCUUGUGGCUGAUGUGAGAAGAGAUGUCUGCGGUUUUACAGCUACUUCUUCCCAAUGUGUGUGAAGCAUUUUGAGCAAUGGGCAUUAUGUUUUCGAAUUGAUGCGGUGAUGCAGGUUUUUGAUGGCUUGAUUAAGAAGGGUACCUACAAAAUGAGAGCCACUGAUAAACGUCACAAAAGUGGUGCACCAAUCAAAGAGCAGGAGGUAAUCAAGGUAGACCCCGGUAAUUCAAGAGUACAUUCACAAGAAGAUGAUAGUCGAAGUUACUGUAUUUCAUGAAUAGAAGACACGCGCAAUUGUAUUAUUUGUUGCUCCAAAUGCAGUGUAGGCAAACAAAUGUAUCACUUUGGCUGCAUUGACUUCAAUGUUCGAGGCAUAGCAUGCAAACAUAUUCAUGCAGUUCACACACGACAACUCAUUUGUAAUAAAGAGCCAAGUACAAAAAAAGACAAAACAAAGUUGGAUGCUGAUUCAGAAGAAAGUGAAAAUGUAAAGUAUUUUCAAGAAAUACUACGAGAUAAUUCAGAGGGGCCUGGUUUUAUCUUUAAUCUAGCUAGUGUCCAAGUUAUAAUGUUAGCAAAAAUUGCCGAAUUAACUGCUGAUAUAGUUCAAAGCUCAACAAGGUCACAAAGCGCUUCGAACAGCAAUGGCACAUGUUAAGUCUGCAAUAACUGUAGCACAAGGCCUUGGGCACCUGGAUAGCGAACAUGCUUAUGACCUUAAACCUAAGGGCUACAUCUCUUUGAACAAGAAAUCUGAUAUCCAGCCAAGAUUCAUAAAAGAAAAAGGGUACAAGAAACCGCAAAACAGUUUGUCAUUCCCCAUGACAGAACAACGGAAAGCUGUAAAGAUGAAGCUUCUGGAUCAAGUUCCAUUUAUUUACAGAGGACCCAUCGCAGCUCCAUGACAAAGUGCAGAGGAAAAUAACCUGUGUAACUGGUAAAAGACAGGGGCAGUGCGGGUGAAUGACUCGGCCUUGGGUUUUUGCUUGAAAGAAAGACCCUAUAGCUCAGCAGUAGAACACUUGAGGUGCAAAGUCAAGUUAUUUUCGUGGUUAUUUUCCCGCACUCUAUACUUAUUAUCUUUACAAAUCCUGUUGCCUGUAAGCUUUCUUUUUAUCCACUGCUAAAAAAGCACAAUUUUGUACAGUCAACUCGUUUAUCUUCAUAUGGCACGAAGGCUGUAUGGGCAUUUCACUUCAAGAACUGCAAGGCCAUGGCACUUACAAUUAACCAAAGCAUCGGGGGUUGCUGCUAUAUAUGGCUUCUUGGCAUCUACAAACAAGCCACAUUUUCGUAUUUUAAAAUCAUCAUGAUUUUUUCCUUCUCUAAUAAAAAAUUCUUUGACUCCUUGGUCUUCAUGUUGCCUUCCCCACUUGAUGCAGGGAUAUCACCAAUACCGUUGCACUUGUACAUUACUUUAUGUCUCAGGGGUGUAGUUUUGGGUCUUAUUGCACCAGUGCACUUAAUAAUGCUGUGCAUUUUUGUGUGAAUGUCAUGGUGGGUAGAGCCAGUGAGAGGUCCUGAAAAUGGUUCAUCCACAAAUCAUCUGCAGCUUGCCCCAUUGUUUUCUUCUCAGUUAACUGGAUAUCUUGGCUUGACAAUGGUAAGGACUGAAGAAAGCUGGAAAUUUUCUUAUCAUUUGUAUCAUUUCGAGGCAGUUCAAUCACUCUAUUAGCAAAAUUUUGUAAAAUGAAGCUCUCAGCUUCUUCAGAUGGGUCCUCUCUGCUUGGCUUUCUGACUUCCUCUCUGCUUGGCUUGUUCUUCUCUUUUGACCUGAAUCUUUUUCUUACAACUAUAUCCUAUAUCUGUUUUGGAUUCACUUCUUUCUUUGAUGACUUAUUCCAACUGCAUGGAACUGAAGUACAUGAGGGAUCAAGGUAACCUUGUCUAAGAAAUAGUCAAUCUUGCAAAGGGUUGCAAUAGCAUGGUUGCAUUGGUGUGUUCCUGUCAUAGAGCUACACCAGCUUGUCAAUAUAUCCACGGGCAGCUUCAUAUCAACUGCAGCAAAGGCAUGUGCAACAAGGUCAACUUUUUUCCAAGAUGUGUUUAGCCCAUGGACAAAAAAUCCACUAAAAUGUCUCUUCCGAAUUAGAGGAAAUCUUCAUACUUGCUGAGUGCCAUUGUAAAGACGACCCUAAAACACACCUGGAAUGAAAAGAAAGCUUCACUGUCAGCAAAAAAUGUAACAAUCAAGUGAAAUCUGAGGUGACAAGAAAGAAAAUGAAAGGUAAAGUAACGUACGAAAUUGCAUGAAAUCGCUUAGGUGCAAAUAAAUGGAUGAAACUCUGCUUGGUCUUGUCUUUAAAAUCAGAUCAAAACAGAUCAAAAUUGCGUAGAAAUCUUUUCAAUCUUAAAGCUCUGGCUUAAUUUCAUAUAUAGUUAGACCCUGACUGCUUGCUUCCGUUAGAGGCAUGCGAUCUUCUCUCGUAUGUUGUUUUGGAGACCAGCUUUUAUACGAAUAAGCAGUUCAAAGCUUACAGUCACUGGGUUUGUGUGAGCUCCAUUGGCUACCAGAAUGAUGAAAUAAAGAUUUAUGACAGUCUCUACAACAAUGUAAUUUCAAAUGAGGUAGAACAACAAAUUGAGUGUAUGCUUGGAGGUGCACCGUUUAGAAUGAUGGUUGCUUCAGUUCAGCAGCCACAGAAUGGCUCUAACUGUGGAAUAUUUGCCAUUGCCUUUGCAACAUGAUUGACUUUUCGACAAGAUCCAUCAUUUGUUGAAUUUAAUGUCUCACAAAUGAGAAAGCAUCUACUAGGUUGCAUCCAGUCUGGUAACAUGGAGCUGUUUCCAACUGUUUCAUGAUUUUGCUGUUUACCAUUUUUUGUUACUUUAUAAACAUUCUUCUGUUUGUGUUGUUGUUAUAUUUAACCAGUUAAAGUUUCAAGAAAAAGCAUCCUGUGGUUUUUAUUUAUCCUUCCCAUUGCAUUAAUUACAAAAUCUCUCUGGUUUUGGAUCAGUUUGGAGUAUAUUUCAGACCUGUUUUCUUUUGACUCUCCUGCUCAUUGAUAUUUGGGGUGUACAACACACCCCCAUUUAAAACCCCACUUAUUUUGCACCAAAGAGUACCCUUUCUAGAAAGGUGAAAAGUUUUUGCUCUUGCGUUGUUAAAAACAGGCUUUGACUUGAGACUGCCAAGCGGCUUUAACUUGACUGACUGCUAUUGGUGGUGGUAGGAAAUGGAGAUUCCCCUGCUCGAAAUCGUUUGGUUUUCCGCAUGUGAGGGGGAGGGGGUUCCUGGCUAAAUAAUGAGAAGCUGCGGCGGGUCCAGAAGAAAAAAGUAAGGUAAAUUAAAUACAAGAAACAUUUUAUCAUCAUCAAACAAUUUGUCUGUAAAUUUAUUGAAUAUUGUAUAUAUUUUAUAAUCAAUUCUUUAAACCACCAUCACUUCAAGAAAAAUUAGCAUUUUUCACACCUUUUUUGGCAACAAAUCUUAAGCAAGUACCCCCAGGAUUUUUCUCCACUAGCAGCCUUGUUUGAAUAAUGUUAUUGUUGUGAUCCAUUUGCUAAUGACUAUAAAACCCAAGCCCUUCAGGAAAAAAGUAGCUUUCAAAAAGUGGCCUUUGUGGAGUCAUUGGUGAAAAUACAGUGAUCAGUUUGCAAUAAACUUUUAAAAGUAUGCUUAUAUAAUCUUGAUUAGGGGAUCGUAUUGAGCCCACUUAAGUAUAGACUUGUUAUAAACAAUUGCAAGGCUAAAAUAUAAAAUGUUAACAGUGUGACGCUGCGCUCUGAAACCCAUGUUCUUUAUACAAAAGGCAGAAAGAACUGUCACUAAUAUCCUGAAUAUUUGUCAAAAUAUUGAGAAAAAAAAUUGAACUUCUUCCAGUUCAGUCAAAUGGAAUUAUACCAGGGCACAAGUUCACCAGUGCUGAACAAACUCUUAUUAUUCUAUCCAGUAAUGGGACAGAUUUUUCUUUAUUCAGUCCGAAUUUGCUGCAGUUCAAAUAGGCAAUGUGCUUUGGAGAAAUGUAUAUUUUUGCCUGAGUGAUCCAAUAAUUCUCUCGAUAUGAAUACGGACAUUUGCAAUGCCUCGGGUGUGUUCUAUGUCAACUGGAUCAAGUUGAUAUUUUCCUCGUGUGAAAGCUGGUAUGUUUAUGUUGGCUUGAUGAUACCAGACACUCUGUUGAAUAGUGAAUCCUCUGUCAGCAAGGAUUAAGUCACCAGGAAGAAGCUUAUUCAGUAUGCCACAGUUCUGAGUUAAGUGUUUGUCAGAUGUUUGGCCCCCCAAGCAUUUGACACAAAUGAUAUUGUUCCUUGUGGUGUGAUUCCUAUCAGGACUUUUGCAGUGUUAUGGUUCUUAUAGGAGGAGAAUGUUUGUGCUCUUGCAAGUAAAUUUGAGGGUCUGUCGAUGAAGACCUCAAAGCAAUCUAUAAUAACACCUUUGUACAUUUAGCCGCAGUUUUAUCAAGAAAAGAAUAAACUCUUGGAACUUUGUUGUUGUGGGUGAAUUUCUGGUCACACAUGGAGAUACAAAUUCAUAUGUUGCCUUUAACACAUCAAAAGAGGGUAGGCCUGUAUAAAAUCUGACUUUGCCAUCAUCUUCACAAAAAUAUUCUCCUGAAAAUACAUCGUUCACGCAUUUCUCUCUUUCUUUAAAGGCAUAAUCAAAUUCUUCAGUUUGUGUUGAUUUGUCCUGAUGUUGCUUCAAGUUAUCUAGAUCGUUCAAAGAAACUUCGUGAUCAUCCUCAAAGCCAACCUCAUCAAAAAUUUCUGCAAUGCUUUCUUCAGGUUCAUUUAGCUUCGCUAGCUUUGGCCUUUCUUCAUCUUUGAUAUCCUGUUCCAUACGUUUCCUUCUGCAGCAUGUCCUCUCAGCGCGAUCCGCAACUGCUUCCAUGUUUGCCAAAGCUUUCCCUUGCUUGUUGUGACCCAAAUUUAAUGUUGGAACCCAGUCGAUGUUAAAUCUAUCCCAAGGUUUUGCAGCAAUCCCUGAGACAAAGUGUCCAAAGCAUACCCAAUCGUUUUUAAGGAUAUUUUCAGUUAGGCCAAUUCGGCUAAUGGCAGCAAUCCAUCUUCCUCGCCGCUCUCUUGUCAACUCCUCGUAUGCUAGUUAUGAUAGCAGGAACUCUGCGGUAAUGACCAGGUACAUCUUCACUUUUGUUAUGACAACCAUUUAGCAUACCAAAUACCAUCUUAUCACAUUAAAAUAUAAUUUUAACAUCUAUAGAAAUCAGCCGCCUGCCUCCACUACUUCCAGUACACCAAUAUAAUCUUGUUGAUUUUGGUCACGAAAAUACACUAUACAAUGUUCUCUAAGCACACUAUCCCUUUGCCUAGUUGGCCAUUGACCAUUGCCCCACUUGUAUUAUGGCGUCGAAAACUUCGAAAUGGUGUAUUAUAAGAGACAUCGGAAAGAAAAUAUUUAAACAACGUACAGUUCUGUUGCAAUUUGAUGCCAGAAUUUGUUGCAAAAAGAUGAAGAAAUGGACUAUCCUUGAAUCUCUGCAGCCAUAUGAACUUAGCCAAGUAGUCUGGUAUAAGCUCCUGAUUUGUUGAACCAUGCUGUAACUUGAAUUCAUUCUUUGCCCGCUGCCACAUCGCUUCUACAUGGUUUGUAGUGGUCCUGGUGACCGGGUCGACAAAAUUGUAGGUGUGGUUCACAGUCUGAUGUUGAUAGCCGAUGUUCCCUAUUUGAUUGUAUGCUUGCCACAUGUUCGAACAGAAAAUUGAGCAAGGCACUACCCACAUUUGAAUGAUUGGUAAUAGGAUCACUGCAUCUCUUUGUGGAACUGUAACCAGCAACCCUUUUUGUUGACCGGGCCAAAGCCUUCAAAGAUCCAAUUUUCUGGAAGAAUUCUGCUGCGAUUGUACUUUCUUUUGAAAAAAAGGCUCUCGUCGAUCUCUACCAUUUGGCCAGGUCCUCCAAUUUGCUGAGGGUUGUUGAGGAAGUGCUCCACACAGACAUCGCAGCAAAAUUGCUCUCAGUCCAUCAAGCUCACACACCCCAGUGAUUAACACAUGGGUGCUAUAGGUUUGAAACACUAGCCAUGUAAUUGCCGCCUUUAGUGAAUGAAAAAUAUUACUAAUCUGGAAUCGGGGAAUCAGGUAAUUGGAGAAUAUUGAAACCAGUAGGCCAAUUUACCAGUUUUAUACCUUGUAUGAGAGGUCUUUUCGUAAAUAUUUUAUCUCUAUGACCAAAACACACACCAGUGCAAUACAUUUGGUUAGAUUUCAAGAUAUACCAAAACUCCAGCCAAAUAACAAGAAUUGGAAUGCAUCUACAGCUACAGCCCUUCCAACAGCGAGGCACCUUCAAAACCAUCUUUUUAACGAGAUAGCUCAAACAAUCUACUGUCUGAUGUCUACUGAGACGGCUUUGAGGGACUGUCUGGCAUUUUCAUGACCCUUCAGGGCUGCCAACUUGGCUUUUUCUAAGCAAAAUUUCAGAAAUUUGGCUUUUCCAGAACAUGUUUGGCUUUGAAAAAUGAUUUUGCUUAAAGCUAGAAUUUGGCUCAAUUUGGCUUUUUCAGAACGUUUUUCAAUUAGAAACUUGAUUUUACCAAAACAAGAUGCUUGACAUUAAAUAGAACAUGCAAGAAUUUGGGGUUACAUCGUAUUUUUAUCAUGAAGAAUGGGUGGUUCUUUUUCAAACUUUAGUUCAUAUGAUGUAAUUGUUUGGAUUUGUAACUUAACUUGCUUCCUCAGCAAACCCACAUUUGAAAAAAUCCCAAGCAAUUAUUUAGAAAACACCAGGUGCAAUAUUUUUAUUAGUAUGGUAGGAUUUUGAGGCCAAUAGAGCAACAUAAGGGUGUAGAACCCCCAGUGCAUAUUGAAAUUUCAAUUUCUUGACAAAGAUUUCUUUUAGCCAUUUAUGUAGAAAAUUUAUUCUUCUUUUUACUGAUAUAUAGACAUAACAGUAGUUUUACUGCAUUUUCCUGCUAUUUAACUUUUUUUGCUAGGUUUUUGAGAAUUGUGCUAAUUUCUUCCUUGACAACUGUAAAACGACGUUUUACGGGUAAGGAUAGGCAAAAGAAGGACAACAAAAUAUGUACAAAAGUUUUAUUCGAUUCUCAAACGACGGCAGUUCCAACUUAACUUCCAAUAACCAAACGACUUUCAUGUAACGGCAACUUUAAAACGCGACUAUAAGCGACCUCAACUGAACGAUACGACGUGACUUAACUGCACGGCUUCACUGCACGGCUUCACAUAACGACUGAAUUCACAAACAAGGGCACAGCAUAAAAGUAACACGACAACACACCCUAAUUACUUCAAACAACAAAGAACUGAUGACAACAAUAGCGGUGAUGGGAUGAUGCAAUAACAUGGAAUGUUGAUGGCAAGGUGACAAACAACGGAACUAUCAAGAACAUCAAAAGAACAGGCAACUGAAUAUCAUAAAACUAAAUAAAACAUAAAACUAAUUGCAUAACAUAACUCCCCCCUUUGAAAGACAAGCCUCCUGGCUUGCACUCUCAAACGGAAGAGAAGCUAGAAAAUAAAUUUAGGAAAUAUCAAGUUACUUCAAAAUAGUUCCAAUAAGAAUGUUCUCGUACGCUUCUUGCAAAAUCUCUCUCCCGCUCUUGAAAAAUUGCUGCUCUGUGUGGUAGCAAGCUCUCCUCAUAAUUCGUCUUCUGUUGCAAAACAAUUCCAUUUUUUGGCACGAUUAUUUUACUUGACAAGCCAUCUGCCACAUGAUCUACUGCUUGAUUGACUCUCUCUGUUGGUUGAUCUACCGCGCUGGAGUACUACAAUCAGCUUCCUUCAUCAAGGGCAUGAAGGGGGCUGUCAUCUCCUGAACUUCUUGCAAGGCUCUUUUCAAAUCCUGCAGCAACAUUUGGUUAAUUUUCCUCACUGUCACGUACAGUGACGUCAAGGGCUGCAACUGCUGAAGGGAAAACUUCCAUCAGAGGCAGCUCCUCACGAUUAUGAUGACAUGAAUAUCGUCUGCCCCAGCAAUAUUUUGCAACAUGGCCAACCCGCAAGCAACAGUAGUAGAUUGGUCUCCCAUCUUCUGCUCGGUACAUGUUGGUGCGGUUGACAAAGGGGUUGCUGGCUUUUUCCUCGGACAUCCGCACCCUUUCAGCCAUUUCAGCACAAAUCGUGCUUACCAUAUCCAAGACCAGCACCUUGAAUUGUUCUAGCGACAUCAUGCUCUCCAACAGAAGGACGUGAGUUCUUCUCUAGGGGGCCCCAAUGUGAAACAACUGUUUUUACAGGUAAGCAUAGGCAAAAGAAGGACAACAAAAUAUGUACAAAAGUUUUCUUUGAUUUCAAUAAACUUCCAAUAACCAAACAACUUUCAUGUAACGGCAAAUUUAAAACGUGACUAUAAAUGACUUUAACUGAACGAUACAACACGACUUAACUUCACAGCUUCACAUAACGACUGAAUUCACAACCAAGGGCACAGCAUAAAAAUCACAUGAGAAUACACCCUAAUUAAUUCAAACAACAAAUGACUGAUGACAACAAUAGUGGCGAUGGGAUGAUGCAAUAACAUGGAAUGUUGAUGGCAAGGUGACAAACAACAGAACUAUCAAGAACAUCAAAAUAACAGGCAACUGAAUAUCAUAAAACUAAAUAAAACAUAAAACUAAUUGCAUAACACAAUUGUGAAGGAGCUUCUCAGCCUCGUUUUUGCAAUGUUCAAAAGGCCACUGCCAUUUCUUUAUCGUCAAAGUUGGUCAGGCAAAAUCAUUACGAUCUCCUAUUACCAUGGGGAAAUUUAGAAGCUUGCGUUGUUCAAAGAUAUCAUUUAUGGCUUAUCAACAUGUAAAGGUCAAUAAGGAUGAUGUAAAAUUUAAAGCAACAUGCAAAGGACGGCCUAGAAAGAAGGAGACUAAAGUCAAAGGAAUUAGAUCAGUUCAACUGUAAGUUGACUCAUUACCAACUACAUCGGUGACUGUUAGUCCAUUUGUUUCUUUUACUCCGAUACCAAAUUGAUCAGCAGAAUCAGGGAAGUCACGUUCGGUUACUAAGAUAUCAAAAGCUUGACAAAAGGUUGUCUGAAGAUAUCCACGAACGUUGUACUGAAACAGGCUAUCGUUUAUUUGACAUGGAGCUAAUUUCACAAGCUUUCAAAGUGCUUGCCUGUCCAGAAUGUUUGUCUUGUUCAUUGGAAGUGAAGGAUAAUCACAGAGCAAAAAAUGGGUUUGCAAACAAACAAACAAACUAUCCUUGACCUGCCAGGAGUGUUUUUGUCCUAUGAUUUUUUUACCUCCAAAAUAGUGAUAGGAAGUUAUGAAGUGAACAAACGUUUUGCUUUUGCAAUGAGAAGGACUGGGAAUGGUUAUGCAGGUGGUAAAAAGUUUUGUGCUGCUGCACAGCUGCACCUACAGAGUCUGCAAUUUUCUUGUGCAUCUUUAAACCAGCCAUCAUGGUAUAAAUCGAUAUUAUUUCUUGCAGUUUGCAAUGAAGAUUUGCUUGUGGGGUUUUUUGCAACCCCUUUAUGAUAUCAAUGUGCAGUCCCUGUAAUUGUACAGUAGCAAGAACCAUACUAACAACCACUAAGGUAAUGAUAAAAUCAAAAUUUGUGAGGAGUGAAAAAAAAGAAUAGCCAUCAGCAGCACUUUUGUCCCAGCUUCCCUCAACAUUGUCACGAAUUUCCUCUGUUAUUGCUUUAUACAUAACUAUAAACCUCUUCAAACCAUCUAUGCAAAGAACCCAUCUAUUUCUACAUUCAUCUAAAAGUUUUGUCUGCUUACAACCAGGAUUAAAUUUUUGCACCAUUUUUUCAAAAAGUUGCUGUUGUUUUGGAGAUUUAUUAAAAAAGCUACAAUUUUUGUCACAUUUUCUAACACUCUGAACCUGGUAAGAAGACGCAACACACAAGUUAAGUCGGUGGGAAGAGCAAUGUGUGUACAAGGCUAAAGGAUUCAGAUCAAGAAUUCUAGAUGACAGUCCAGAAAACUUUCCAGCCAUAUUUCCAGCUCUAUCAUAAUACUGACCUCUACAGUUCUUUACAUCGAGUUGCAAUUUAUUUGUAAUGACAUCAAUAAUUUUAUCCUUUAGUACAUUACCAGUAAGCCCUAUGUCACAGUAGAUGAAUUACCACUCUACUCCUAUCAUUCUAAACUUGAAGAUUUUGAAGCUUGAAGACCUCUUCCAAUGUAAUUAUUUGAAAUGUAGAAUGAAAAGAUACUGUAUGUAGAGGGAUUUUAAAAUAUAAAAACUGAACUGAACUGAACUGAACAGAAUUUCAGGAAUCUCUGUUUUAUUUAACCAAACUUGUCAACAUAUCUAAGGAUAACUGGCAUUUGUUCCUUGUUUGAGCAAAAACCUUUACCUCAUCAGCAAGGAUAGAGGAAAUUUUUGCCUCUUAUCUCAUUGAUGAUUUGCUCAUUAAUUAUGUCUCCACAACAAUAGAUGAUUUCAUUUUGAGUUGUCUUGGACCUGUAGGUUGCAUUCCUGGGUACAUUUUCGGAAUGCUCUUUUAAUACCUUAUCCCUGCUGUCAAGACGAAAAUCUAAUAGAGGUUGAAAAUUACCACAGUUGUUGGACCCGUAAUAUCGAUAAGAAGAUAGCGAAGCUAACUUAACCUUAACUGCUUCCAUGAGUUUGUCUAAAUCUUUUGCUUUUUGCAAGAUCUCCUCUUUUAGCACUUCAUGAGAAUCUUUUUUCAUCAGGUCAUAUUUAUCAAUACCUAUUGCUGUUGCAAAAGAUUGCUUAAGAGAACCAAUGGCACCUUCAACCUUUCUCUUUGCAUAAGAUACCCUUUGAUGAGGUGGCAAAGCAUGGGUUUUCAAUGGUGAUUCACCUAAAGCUUUCAUUCAUUAUUUCUCUUUGUUGGUCUUGUAUGUCAUCCAUCUCCACUUGAUAUAUAUUGUCGUUUAUUUCUUUGCUAGAUGUUGAUUGUCCCUCUUCUUUGUCAGUUUCAGCAUAAGUAGUAGCCUUGUCAUAACAACUUUGACAUAGCUACAUGCCGGGUAUACAGUCAAUGCCUACUGCAACUAGGAUUUUGACCAAUUCUAAAGAUAUUUUGUGACCUCCCUUGACCUUAUUCUUGUGAUUUUUGAACAAGUCGCGACAAUUUUUGAAUCUCUUUUCAAAUGCUGUUCCAAACACCCACUCAUGAUGGUAACAUAUUUUCAGUGACUUAGAUGGAGCAUUUUCCAUUUUUAUACCAGCUCGUUUUAUAAGGACCAAUUUUUUAUCAGCUUAAAAGUCAUCUAGGCUCUUAAUGCCAUUUUUUGUUGUGAAAUUCUUCUUAUGGCAGAAAGCACAAUUUUCCAUUUCGACAAAAUUAACCUCAAGCAACAGAACAACCCACUCUAGCACUUGUUUUUUCUAAAAUGAAAGUAACCAACACCAGUUCAUUAGAAGUUCGAUUGAACUGACCUUUCAUGUUUCCUGUCUUGCAGGGAAUAGGAAAUAACACUUACUACUGAAAUGAAGUGUUGCUGUAAUUGAGAACAAUAAAGGAAAUCUCCUCAAUGGUGAACUUAGUGUUCAGGGAAUUGGUUUUUUGUCCUGCCCAGAGCAGGCUGUUCUGUUUAGGAAGUGACGUGGACACUUGUAGUCUUAUGGGAUUCUUAACGUAAGGGAAAGAAGUUUGUCCCUUUGACAGGAAUCAAGUGAUUAAUGGCACCCCUUAACAUUGUAUUUUAUUCUGUCUGUAUAAGUUUAUAUGCAUCUUCUUAUUAAUUGCCUAUUAUAUUAAUCUAGUACCUAUUCUGUUUAGGGGUGUGAAUUCACUUGCCAGUGACACAGUAUGUAUUGUUGCACAGAAAGGAGAAAUGGGCAAAUUUUCAGAUAAAAAAUCAUAUUUUUGGAGCUUCAGUAUCUCCUUUUUUCAAAUAUGCAAGUGAAGUGUGCGAUAUUUUUGGAAAGCUCUACACAAAUUCUUUUAAUAUUUGAAACUUAAAUUUAAAUAUUUGUUGACAGACUAGUAGAAUUUUAUCCCCGAAAAUGGGUUGUGCAGAUUUGCCAUAUUUUACAAUUGGUGAAAAAAUUGGAAUUUUCUCAAUGUUCUGAUGACUGUAUGAACAUUUAAAUGCAAUUAAGCAUGGUUAAAAGGUCUCUAGUGUCAACUAAGGGUUUCCUUUCAACAAUAUUUUAAACUUUAUGGUAAUUUUUUUUUGUAUGUAGCUCGAAGAAAAUUUUGGGCAGGCCACGCCCUAAUUUAGAACAAUUUUCAAAGGGUGACAACUCCGGAACCAGUAGAGGUAUUGACUGCAAAUUUUGAAUAAACUCAUUUCUCCAGGAUGUUAAUGCAUGGUAGGAAAAUCAGUAAAAUCUAAGAUCAUAGGUUACAUGUCACCUAAAUUUGAUAUGGAAUGAUCCUUGAAUCAUCCCUAUGUCCCCACAAAGACAACUGUCUACCCAUUAAAAUAACUGUCUGAACUAUAGGAACUACUUUUUCUCCGUUUUUGUUACUGUUUGGUUCAGAACUUGGUUUUGUAAAUUAUUUAUAGAUGUAAUUUCAUUUUCAAUGACAGAGACAAAUGUUUGUAUUGUUUCCAGUACAGUUUUUGUGAAUGUCUGAUAUGCAUUGGCGUUCAUUGAACCUUCUAACAGCAGCUGACCAGUCAGUAAGGGGGCUUUUCAUGAGCUUAUCAAAUUUAGUGGAAUUUAACCCAAUGUGCCUACCAAACAAGACACAAGGAACACAGAAAGAACCAUUCAAAACACCAGAAUAGGGAAGCCAUGGAAAUUUCUGGAGCCAAGAAGAAUUAAAUUUCUUAGAUUUCCCAUAAAAGCUACGGACUUGAUAUUCAUAUUUACUGCUAGGUUUUCAAAUAUUUUUCAUAAGAUCAUGUAUUUCAGAAUCUGAUAGUUUGGGAACCUUUUUGUAGAAGUUACCAAUAACAUUUUGAUUUGAAGAGAACAAUUGUGAAUCUGACAAAUUAUCUAUCUCUUGAGCAUAAGGUUGAUCUGAUACAUCUUUUUCUGCAUCUGAAACAAGUUUGGGAAUUUUUUUGGCAACAGGAAAGGAAAGAGUUGUCUGUUUUCUCUUUACUGUUGUUGGCAAAGACUGCUUUUGCAAUGCUAUAUCCUCUUUUUCAAUCAUUGGUUGAACUGUAUCAUUCCAAAUGAAUAGGGGAACAACAUGGUUAGGUACAUAUGACCUUGUAAAUAUAUCUGAAUCAUAAAACUCUAAUGGGUGCUGUUGAAGUGUUGGAUGUGCUUUGACGUGGUUUCAUAUUGGAGUUGUUGUGCAUAUUUGCCAAACCCAGCAGUAAAAGGAUAAAAAGAAUGUAUUUCUAAACCCAAAACACUUGCCAAAACCAUCAAAGAGACAAAAUGACACAAUCAUUCUGAAAAUUUUUAAGGGCUUCAAGUCAUCAGUACUCAUGGUCAUCCAUGGAGCUUGAUAUGGCCUUAUUGUUUUGAUUUCAUUUGGUUUAAAAUUAGAGCACAUGCUGAGAACUACUUCUGUCAACUCUGUUUAUGAUGCCCAUCUAUUUCGUAAUCCUUCUAAGUCUUCCCUAAUGGAGUAUCUUGUCUUUUCCAGUUACUUCUUAGACCCUUCUCUUGUACAAAAUUUUACUAUGAAAUGUCAAUCUCUCUUAUAAUAGGCCAUUUGCCGCAGCAGACAUAUCGCAUAUAAAUUGGCCAAAUUUUUCCAAUUUUUUGUUUAAAGCAACACUGCUUAUGAUGCCUAUCUAUUUAGUAAUCCUGCUAAUUCUUUUCUACCAGAGUAUCUAGUCUUUUCCAGUUACUUCUUAGACCCUUCUCUUGUACAAUACUUUACUAUCAAAAGUCAAUUUAUCUUAUAAUAGGCAAUUUGCCGCAGCAGACAUAUCGCAUAUAAAUCGGCCAAAUUUUUCCAAUUUUUUGUUUAAAGCAACACUGCUUAUGAUGCCUAUCUAUUUAGUAAUCGUUAUCAGCCUUUCUUUAAAAUAUUUUGUCUCUUUCAUUUACUUCCUUUUAGUUCGUAUUUGUACCUAACUUAAUACAUAUUUCAGAUAACCUGUUGCAAGCAAAUUUAAGGAGAAAAACGACUAAAUAGAGUUAAUGAAAUAUGCGAAAGUGUAUCGAACAAAGAAAGUUUCUGUAGAAAAUAGUUGGAUAAUAAUGAAUCGUUAGAGAAAGUCAAAAUUAAAGUGAAAAUAACUUUGAAAAUUUGCAAGAUUUUAGGUAAGCUUAUUAUGUUUUCUGCUAUAAAGGUAUCAUUACUUGUAAAUUAAGUAAUUAAAUGUCUUCUAAUAUUUAAUGUUUAAGUGUCAAAAGUGUUUAAUGCUUCUUUGAAUUUUCUUUCAAGAAGAUCUUUCGCAUUGUGUGUAUCUUGUCAGUUAUUUGUGUUACUGUCAAUUUUUUCACCAGAUGUGCCAGCACUUUGCUACCUCAAAAUACUUUGAGCACUUUUGCUCUUCUAAUAGUUGCUUGCGAUGUUAUUUCGUUGGCAUAAAGUUCAGAAAUUUAUUUGCUCUCGCCGUCUGUGUAUUUGACCUUGGUUGCGAAGGAAGGCUCAUUGCAGCUGUCUUCCUGAUCCUCUAUAACUAUGUCGUUUUGGAUCUCUUCAACAUCUUUGUUGUCAGUACUAACGCCCCUUUCUUCAAUCUUGGCAGUGUCAAGUUCCUCAUCAUCACUAUUGACACUGUUGCACUGGAUUUCUGAAGCCUUGUUCAAACGCUCUCGACUUUCACUCGACUACUCUCGAUUUUUGUUGAGCGUUGUCGAGCAGCGUUGAGUGUAGUCGAGCAGGGGGUGCUCAAACGCUCUUGACUUUUCACUCGAUUUCCAUUUGAUUAUAAAAUCCCUCCUGCGAAGUGGCAAGAUGCUGUGAAAGCAUACUGACAACUUGGCGCUUCGUUGAGUCCAUUUCUUCGUGAAUCCAUUUUUCCCUUUCAACUCAGUCUUUGGUGAUUUCUUUCGGAUUUCCCAAGCGGCUUUCGUUUUUUUCCUUUUGAUUUGUUCAACAGUUGGAGGAGGACAGUUUUUGCGCUCUCGUCAAGAUCCUCCAGCCUGUCAUCGCCAUUUUCACGGUCAUUUUCUCCUAAACUGAAUUCUUGGGAAGGCAGAGAAGGAAUGCUGUAAACUGUGAAUGAUUCGUCCUACAUUACGAUUGCAACAAUACGAACUUCGCUGUUUUGUGUUUUGGCGGGCAAAAUCAGAAAAUCAGCAGAACACAUGCGCACGCUCGACUAUGUUGAGCAAGGUGUUCAAACGCUCUCGACAACGCUGAACAACACCUUGAACAAUAGGAAUGUUGUGUGACUCCGCUCGACUUUUUUAAACAUGUUCAAACUUCGCUCGACUGCUCUCGACUUCGCUUGACUGCUCUCAACAAGGUGUUCAAACGCUCUCGACUUUUACCCUCGACAAAAAUCUAGAGUAGUCAAGUGAAAGGUAGAGAGCGUUUGAAUGGGGCUUGACUGACCGAGUUAUUCUUCUUCCAUUUCAGUUGCAUCUGCUAACUUUGUUACUUCUUUACAAAUGCCCUCUUUUCUUAUAAUGUACUGCAGUCGGUCGUAUACAACCCUAACAUCCAUUCCAAUAAUGUUUUGGUUGACUAGCACUUCUUUAACUUUAUUUAUUUGAAUGUUGCCCUCCCUUAUUUGCUUUCCAAAUAAUUGUCUUAUUUGUACAUCUUUCAAAUCAUUGUUUUUUUCUGUCACCGCAGGUGUGUUCCGCAUUGCUUUUCUUAGAUAUGCCGAUGUUUUGGCCAAAUUAUCUUUCUUGUUUAGCACAAAAUAGUGCAUUUCUGUCGUUUUCAGGGUAUGGUUCAUAUGAGAAGCCAGGUUAGCCUUCAUUGCCGGGUCUGUCUUGUGAAUCUGUGACACAUUUUCUCAUCAAGGACGCAUUCAUAUGCUUUCCGGUGGCGCUCCUCCAGAAGGCUCCAAUCUGGUCACGCACUGAAGAAGACGACAUGGAUUGUCCUGUCCAAGAUAAAAAUACCUUGUCACUCCUUGUCCCACUGAUCUUCGCAAUGGUGCUUCUCAUUUUCUUCAUGAAAAUGUCCAAGUAGGUAUAAGUUACGAUUGGCAAACAAAGAACAGCAGGCCCACAUGUUUGGAUUGUUUUAUGGUCAAGCACUGACAUGACCAUCAUUACGCCACCUUUACUGCCUUUUUGACGUCCUCUCAAGCAAAAUUUGAGAUUGUUCCCGAUCUGCUAGCAUUGUCAAUUAAAAGGGAUGUUGCUAAGAAAUCCCUUACACAAGUGUAAUCCAACCUGCGAAGCUCAGUUUGUGUUGUUCUGGUGAAGGUGGAAAGAACUUUGGUAGCAUUUCUCACUGGAGCUGAUUGAUCAAAAAUCUAAAAGGAAUAACAUGAGUUGAAGGUAGCGAUUCAAGCCAAAGCGCAAAAAAUUGAUUUUCAUUUAUAUGUCAAAAUCAAGAGAGCAUCAAAUAUAAAAUAGUGGCUAUCAAAUAAUUUGGCUCAUCUUAACUCAAAAUGAACAACUUGGCUCAAAACAAACAAUGGGAGGAUAUAUUAUCAAAAGAAAACUUUUGUAGAAUUUAAUAACCCAUUUGGGUAUUUUGCAAACAAGUAACACUGGCGAAAAUAAAGGCUGAACACAUGGCACCAUCUUGAUGAACAUCUGGCCAAUCAAGGCGACAAGGAGCGCUCAACUUCCAAGUUUGUAAACAACACGUGUCAAGUAAAACCAGUCCUUCAAGCCUACAAGGCGAAAUUGGGCCCAAACAAGUAAAUAAUGUUGAAAAAUUCAUAACCUAAAAUUCAAUCUGUAAAAAAAACUUACCAGUAGGCAUUAGCUAGUAACGCAAGCCAUGAUUUCUCUCUCUUUAGUAAAAUUUUAAUUUCUAUGAUAAUAACUGCGGAUGGCAGGUGCUCCGAAUCUUCUGCAAAAACAUAGCGUGCGUGUAAACUUAAUGCAUCCGUUGCUAUAAAAUGCUAUAAAUCUAUCAAUCAAUCAAAAACUUUAUUAAUGUGUCAAAAAGUAUUAAGCUUACAAGCUAAUUGGGGACACAACAACAAAAAAGUAUAUAUAAUUGCAGUUACGCAGUCCCGACAUGAAGGUUUCAUGUUGUUUCUGCUUCUGCAGCUCUGCACACUACUUCUGAUAAACUUCUCCAUUCUUUGCGGUCCCUUGCUGUGGAUCGUAUCUUUUCAAAAUCUCCAUUGUUCUUUAUGUUCGGUAGUGGAAAAGACCUUUCCAUUGCUCUUGCUCUGGUGAUAUCUUUAUUUAAGGUUGUCACGAGAGUUUCUCUAGGUCUGCCUCUGAAUCCCCUCUCCGAUCCCUCAAAGUAAAAUCUCAUUGCCUUCACAGCUGGUGUAUCGUCGGACAAACGCAAUAUGUGACCAAACAGCCGCCAUCUCCCCUUGAGGAUGUCAAUUGAAAUUGGUCCUUCUUCGCAUCUUUUGUACAAGUUCUGAUUGGAGAUCUUGUUAGGAUAAUUUUUUCCUAUUAGCUGUCUCAGUUGCUGUCUGUGAAAAGCAUCUAGACCUUUCGUAUCUUUUUGUGUCAGUCCCCAAGUAGAGCUGUUAUACAUCAGAACUGGUUUUACAAGUGUUCUGUAAAGCUUGAGGCGAAGUUUCUCGCUGACGUGGUCUUUUCUGAUCCAGAUGUGAUUUAAUCUAUUCAUGGAUGCUAUCGACAACUGUUUUCUUCUAUGUAUAUCUUCCGUAUCACCUAACAGAGAGCCUAGCUUUUUAACUGCCCUCCAUCGCUCUGUGUUUCUGUCUCCUCAAAAUAUUUCUGUUUGCUCUGUUUUGCUGUUGUUUACUUUCAAAUUAUCUCUAAGCAGAAUCUCUCCAAUCUUUUCUGUGAUGAUAUUCUUCUCCAAUUCACUAGUUGUGAGGAAAUCAGCGUCGUCUGCGUAUAUAGCUUCCUGAGGUAGAAAUGUUGGAGACCAGUUACCAUUUUCUUCGUGAUCUUUACUGUUAAUCUCAUGUCUAAAAUUCCUUACUUUUCGGAGUGAUUCUUCAAAAGUAUAUAAAGUUAAAUUAAAGCAUAAAAUAUGAAAUUACAGUAUAAUUAUUAAAACAUAAAAAUUUCUAAAAAUCCUGUGUACAACUAAACUACAGUCUGCAGUCUAAAAGAGUUUCUUCUUAUAUCCAUUCUUCUUAUACAUCUUUUGAAUUGGUUUAUUUUUGGCACCUCCUUGAUUGCUCUCUUUAAUUUGCUCCACAGAUAUGGGCCAAAGUAUGUUACUCAAUGUUUAACUUCUUUUACUGUAAUUUCAGAAUUACAAAGUUGCUGUUUUUAAAUCAUAAGGAGUUUCUUUUAUUGCAAACAUAUCCUUUAUAAAAUGUGGGGCUAUGCCGUUUUAAACUUUCUUUCUUUCAAACCUAAUGUUCUUUAUUACAACUUCAUCAAUUGGAUCUGGAUUAAAGGACGGAAGGGCAGAGGCAUUUGACACAUUCCAUAAGAAUAACUUUGAUGUGCAGGAAACCACUGAUUCAAAUUUUUGUAGACCAUGUUCGAUAACAUCUUAAAGUGAAGAGAACUCCACCAACAUGGUUGCAGUUUCCAAAGCCACCAAGACAAAUGCCAGCAGGACAAGAACAGGCAGCAGAGCAAACAUCACCAGAAAGAUUUGAAAGCUUUAAAAUUACUUUAUAGAGAACCUUCUUCAUACAUGCCUUGACACGAACAUUAAAGAAAGUAAACUCCUUGUUCUUAGCUAUAUUUAUCUUUUUGAUAAACCCUGCAAAGAUAUAUUGAAAUACUUUCAGUUUCUUGUAGGCAGUACUCUUAAGAAGUAUGUGCUUAAAUUUUGAUGUCCGAAUAACCCAAUAUUCAAAGAGCUGGAGAAAAGUAAAAUUUCACUUAAAUCAGCUGUCCAAGGAUGAUGCUUGCACUGAUCAUAAAAAGCCUCAAAUAUGAAAUCAAUUUCGUGACAAAGGAAGGAGGACUCAUCUGAAAUGUCAUUGGAUUGAGAAUUGAAACUCUUUGCAUGGCAAAAGACAGCAAAUGCAUGAGGAAUAAUGUCGGCUUUGAUAUCAGCAGUUUUCUCCCUGUACUGUACAAGAAUAUGCUUCAAAUAUUUAAUAGUCAGUGUCUCAAGAUCUUCUAGACAAUCAACUUUUCUUCCCUUUGGCAGCAACAAUUUGAAUGCAUCCAUUUCCAUUGGAAAUCAGACGAAAAAAAUCUCUAAAAUGUAGAAAUAUAUGGUCGACUCUGUAGAUAUCUAAAGGGGCCCGAUACGUUUGCACAGCUGACUACAUCAGUUGCCUCAAUUUGAAGCCUUUGUCUCUCUUUCAAAAACUGCAUGCCGUAAUUCGUAAGCACAGUCUCCAGUGAUAUUGCUCAUUGUCAUUGGUUCUCAACUCAAGCUUCUCUAUUCUUUCACUUACUACGUCAAUAUCACCAUUAUUUUCUGACGCUCUUUUCUCUAAACCCAUGAUGCCCAGUUUGUAAUUCUCCAUAAGAACAACUUUGGCCUCCAGCAUUUCGCUCUUCAAUCUCUGUUGAUUAAUAAUAUUUUUCAAAGCACUGACAUCAUCUUUCGUAGCUAAACUAGCUAAUUUUCUGUUGAGAAUUUUUGAAAUUGCCUUAAGCAUUUCUUGGUUGGAUUGCUCUACCAGAUCCUACCAGAUCCUGAUGGAAAGAGGCCACAUUUUUCAUGGUGUCAAAUUUGACAAGGAAUGGAAUGCUGUUACUUGGUGAUGCCACUGGUUAUGAAAUUGCAACACCAGUUCACACCAAAAUUGUAAAACCCACAUUGGAUAGAGAUCAGCAGUUUGAUGGACCAGUUAUUUACCGUCUGUUCAGAACAAAAAUUUUGUACAUUUUGCCAGACCAUGAAUUAUUUCCAGCAUCAUAUAUUCCAAGAUCAUAAAGCCGCUAACUCAAAAAACGCCAAAUUUGAUAUUGAAACAAUGUUCAUUGACUCUGAUUGAGACGAUUUCCCAUUGUAUACUUCUGAAAUGGCAGCUGCUGUAUCAGCAAUUACUAGAAGAUGACAAAAAAAACAACAUGGUCAUUUGACGCAUGUAACUCAAAAUGCAACAGAGCGAGCAUUGAUGACAAAGAAUAUUGUUGUUGUUAGGCGAAAAAAGUUGUGGGAAGAUGAAAUUGAGAAAAUCAAUUUGUUUAACGAUGCAGCUGGAUGCGGUGAUAAUGAUACAAACAUUGAAAUACAGUUUGUUGGAGAAAAGGGCGUUGAUGGAGGUGGGGUAUGCAGAGAACUUUUCUGUAAAUUGUUUGAGAAUUCAGUAGAUAAGAAGAUGACAGGAGCUGAAAAUAAACUAACUUUUAAGCAUGAUUCACAGCAAUUUGAAAAAACGAGUAUUAUUCUUUGGGAAAGGCUAUUGCACUGUAUUUUUUGAAUGGAUGUGAUGGACCCCACAACUGGUGCAAAAAUCUCAUUGAACACACUCUUGAUCCUGAUGACAAGAUAAUUCAGUUUCAAAUACAAGCAAUCCCAGGAGUUAUAGUUAGAGCAGCUGUCAUGAAAUUAGAUUCAACCAAAGAUCAAGAAAGUAUGGACAUAUUGCUCAAGUAAGAUGUUCUGUUUGAUGCAAGAUUUGAUAUAGAGGCUGGUUUUAAUGCCACUAAAGUCCUGUUCAAAAAGAAAAACAAUCUCAUUCAGAAGAUAGCAAAAUACUUUAUAAUAUACAGACAACAGUUGUGGUAUAAAGAAGACUGUCUAAAUGAAAAUAUUUCUACCAUAAACUGUCAAAUAUCAUGUGCAGAAACAAAGCUAGAGUCUAAUAGAUACAACAUGGCUGAUUUAUGGUUCGAAUAGCAAAUUUAUGAAUUUUAUCAAAAUUUAUCAUUAUUGCUGUAUAUUGUAAAUUUCAAUUAUUGCAAUUCAAAUUCCUGUGAUGUUUGUCUUAUAUGGAGACACCAAACUGGACAUUACUAACACUUUGUAUAUAGGUUGAGGUGGAUGCCUAAAAUGUGAUAUUUACGUUAAUAACAUAUACAAACCUUUUUUCAGGCGUUUUGCACUUGAAACUGUAUUCAUGGAGUCUGACACAAUUAAUAUCAAGAAAGUUGGUCACGAUUUAGAUUCUGCUGUUAGUUCAGCACUUGGAGACAUUUUCCAGAGAACAAGUAGGCUCUUUUGCACGCAACCUCUGCGAAAAGCUGAAGAAAGAAAAUUGAAGACACUAGGUGCCAACCAAUCCAGCAACCAUUAAACUAAUAAUGUCUGAUAUAUAUAUGGAGCACGGUCAGGCCCAGUCGAGCAACUUGGUCUUGCUGAUGCAGAUGAUUGUUGGACUUUGAUACUAAAUUGGUUAGCUUGGAGGUGGUGUGGGAUAUUCUCAUCCCAGAAUUCCAUUCAUGGUUUGCGAAAAUGAGAGCAGACAAGUUUAAGUCGAAUCUAGUUCUCAGUGGAAGAAAGUCAUUGAGUAUCACUGGCAGAUUUUACACGAAUGGCUUGGAGAGUGCACAUCAUCUGCAAAAGAAAUUCAGCCGAGAGGAGACUACUCCCAAGAAUGUUGCAUACGUCAAUGUCAUGCUACAACAGUGAUCUGAUGAAUAUUACAAUGAACCCAGGAAAUGGAGUGUAUAGAGCCCAAUACGACGCCAGCAGCAUGUUGACGUGUUUUUCAACUUCAGGCCAAGCCAGAGUCAGCUCUUUGAAAAAAACAAGUGGCAGCUGGUCUAAAGAAAGCCCCAAGAGCAGAAAGAAGAUCAGAAAAAGCUGACCCAGAGCUUUUUGUUAAUCGUGUCAUUGGGGUAGAGCAAAGGACUUGCCAGGUUACCCCAAUCAAAGUAGAAAAAGUCCAGCCUAGUGCAUCUGCACAUCCAGAACUAGAAGACUAAUAGGUAGUUCUUCCUAAAGAGGGAUCAGCAACAGCAGAUGGGUGUGAUCCUGUGAAUUCGGACAGACCCAUGAAGAAAGCAUUUCAUUUGGUGCAUCGUCAGGAUAAUAAGAAUGCCCCAGCAUCAGUGAAGCGUUGCCAUAGCUGCAAAAGAUUAUUUACAGAUAAUGAUUAGGUUUUGGUCAAAACAGAGGACACGGGGAAUACACAAACAAGCAAGGGAAGCAACUUUUCUAUCAUGGAAAUGUAUGCAUUCACUACUUCCGUCAGUGUCUAGUUGAAUUUCAGCAAAAUUUUAAAUAUUCAAUGAUAACUGUUCUAAGAUCACCGAUAAAUUUACUGCCAAAAGGAUCUGCAAAACUGUUUUCUGAUCAAGGCUGCAAUUUGGAAUAGGGACAAGUUGAAGGAUUUGUGUUUGUUAUGUUUUAUAUUAACAUCUGUUGAUUUUUCCUUUAAACCUAACUACCUUAGAAAAGGAGAAAUACUUGCGUUUACCCAGUUUUUAUGUAAAAACUGGUUUUUAGAUUCUAUUUCAGCAAUUCUAUUUUUAAUCACAUCAUAAUUACAUGUGUUAUAGCUUUCUGCCAUAUUAAAGGCACAAUACAAAAAGAAAGGGUCCUUCACUGCCAGAGGAGAUUUCUAAAGACAAUCAAGUAAACUUGCAAUUAACCUAAAAUACAUACAACGGCACAACUAGGUAUAACUUUCAACAAAGUAUACUUUUUUGGCUUAAUUGUUGAUUAAUUACUGGAGUUCAAGCACAGAUGCUUGAGCUUUUUCCAGUGGCUUACUAUAAUCAUUACGUCGCCCAUCAGAUGUCCUUAUGUGCAUCAAGGUCAGCAAACGAAAUUCCACGCGUAGCAAAUUUUUUGGAACAACUGAUAAAAUUGUAACAUUCUUCCGUAGCAGUCGUAAACGAGCAAAUCAUCUUGGACAUAACCUGCCCAAGCCUGGGGACACUCGUUGGUUGUCACGCGACUCAGCAAUUCGAGUGAUUGACAAUUGCUGCAAAACCAUUGGAACAGUUUUAUUUGAAAUUGCCAAUGACAGGAAAGAAAAGGCCAAAACUUAAAGUUUGUCGAGAGCCUUAGGGAUUCAAAUACAAGAGAUUGAAUUUAUAUUUAUGCUAAAACUAUACCGAAAAAUAUUCAAGCACUGUACGCCUAUGAUUACAGUGAUGCAAAUGUUUAAUGACUUUCAUACGGCCUUGUAUGAUUUUGAUUUCAAUCAAAUUUUGGAGGAUAGUAUGCAGUUAGACCCAAUAAUCCCAACAGUUUGUGCCAGAGUUGGGUGGAAGAAUAUGGAGGUAGCCAUAGAUGGCCCAGGAAAACUGGAAGAUUUCCCUUGUUGAACUUGGGAAAAAAAUAGUGACAAUGUUUUUAUCCCAACUAGCCUGGCGCUUGAGAAGUUUAAGUGGGUUAACCUCGUUCACCCCACAAAGUUUUUUGAGAGGAAAUUCGCAACUUCUAGUGAGCAACGAGCUUUACUAGCCGAGCUGCGACAGCUCUAUCCAUUUGGUGUUAUGGACCCUGUGGCAACCAAGUAUAACCUCAAUCUUUUAUAUAAAAAUUCUGAAAUAGCGAUUCUGCUAAAGAAAGUUGUCCGGGAUAGAGAUGAAAUAAUUUCAAGAAAUUUCACGAGUUUCAAAAAGUUGCAAACUGCAGACAGAGAGGAAAGUUGUUUGAUUGAAACUGAAGAAAUGGAAGAACGAGAUGAAAUUUCAACCAGAGCAGCCAACUGGCGAAAUAGAGCCGGUCCCAGAAGAAAUUGCGACUAUACAAGACCUUUUAACGGUGAUAAAAAGGGCAGAGCUUGAAGAUGCCCUUCUUCAAGCUGUUCAUUUGCUUGAGCUGGCAGUUGUUAUUCCACUGACAAGUGUGCAUUGUGAGCGGAUAUUCAGCAGACUGAAGAGGUUGAUUUCAAGCAGCAGGGCGAAUAUGAUGCAAACUAGAAAGGACAAUCUUGUUUUCUUACAUGUGGAACAUGAAUUGUUAAGAAAUCUUGCCAAAAAUUCAUCUUUUAAGGAUGUCAUUGUAGAUAGAUUCAAAGCUUGUAACCAGCGAAGAUAUGAUAGAUUUUCAAAGAAGUAAAUAGACUGUUUCAAGCGAACAUUUGUGAAGUUUUUUAGAUAUUUGGAAAUAAUUGAUAACAUAAUAUAAACUCUUUAGUGGAUUAUUACCGAAAACAUCUCAAGUAAUUUCCAAAAAGGUGAGGCAUUUUGGGCGUGGCUUCUUCUAGUUACCUUGAAUACCAAUUGAAUUUUGCUCCCAGCCGCCCCUGGCAAACCCCUCUGUGACAAGCCAUAACAGCUAACUUUGUAAAAUCAUGAUCCUUUGGCAAAAUCGCAGGAUAUAUCUCUCCAUAGGCCACUUCAGAAUUUCUGAAUCGUCCCUUGCAUCUGGCAAUUCCUUCUGCAUCAACAAACAAACAAAGAUUCUUUUCUUAGUAACUGUAACACUUGUUCGAUGUGAUAUAAUGUUGAAUUUCCAAAAUCCA